CACAACCCACCCGCACUCAUUCGCUACCCACUCAAUCCAAUUCGAAGAAAAAUGUGGAUGAAUAGCGGGUCACAAUUACACCAACUCGCUAAUAAGCGUAAUACCCAGGUAAGUCUAAACCAAAUCUAUUUGGUCUGGUCAUUAUUUGAAACAUGGAUUUGGUCAAUGUCAUCAAUGCAUGCAUAAUAAUAUACAUGUAUAUUAGAAAAUUAGUUUAUUUUACUUUACAUCGUUUGGUUUCUAUAUUAGUUAUUGUGUUAUUUAAAUAAGUUUAUUACUUUUUGGGUGAAAUAUACUUUUACCUUUUGUUUUUAAUAUACAAAAGCAACACACAUAAAAUGGUAGAGAUGUAAUUGGAAGGAAAAAAUAACACAACAAUCUUAAUCAAACAAUCUCACAAAAAAAUUUGAGAUUUAACUAUUACUUAUUUUGAGUGAUAGUUUGUAUCAUAUCAAGCAAACAAUGCAUGUAUUGUUUUUCAGAAAACAAAAAAAAAAAAAAAGAUGGACAUUACAUACAUUGAAAACUAUCUCAACCAAAUAUUCACCGAAAUCAAACAACCCCAAAUGACUGAACUACAAACAUAAAUUCCACUGCCUCGCGCGUUUAACAGCUGCGGCCGCCGCCGGCUAUUUGUCAAAAACCAGUUGGUUCCAAUUACUCGAGUUGUUGGGAGAAGGUUCUGCUUGAUCUUAUACCACUCUCUAACACGGCCCCUCAAACGAAAGCCAACCCAUGGGCCUGAAGUUUGCACAGGCCCACCAUACCUUGUGCUUUAAUCCACUGUUAAUAUUGGCGGCUAUUUGUCAAAAACCAGUUGGUCCCAAUUACUCGAGUUGUUGGGAGAAGGUUCUGCUUGAUCUUAUACCACUCUCUAACACGGCCCCUCAAACGAAAGCCAACUCAUGGGCUUGAAGUUUGCACAGGUCCACCAUACCUUGUGCUUUAAUCCACUAUUAAUAUUGGGGGUCGUGGAGAUUCGAACACACGACCACUUGGCCAAACCAGCUCUGAUACCAUGUCAAAAACCAGUUGGUCCCAAUAACUCGAGUUGUUGGGAGAAGGUUCUGUUGGAUCUUAUACCACUCUCUAAAUUUGCUUACCUCCGCUGUUGCCGUUGCUGCUGUGCACUCUAUCCGGUUGUCUAAGAUUUCUGGUUCGCCAGUCUGAUGGGAAGGGGAAUUCCCAUCGUUGUAUCCAUGGUGAACGCCGACGCAUUCCAGUACCAGUACGGAAUGGUUCUCAAAUCAUUGUCUUUUGAGAAUGGCAUUGCUCCUUGGACCUCCUGGUUCGGGGAAAUCAACUUUGCAGGGAAACUUGAUAAAAACCUCAAGGUAACUGGUAGUGUCCUGUACAAUGGACAGAACUUUGAUAAAUUUUAUGUACAAAGAACUUCUGCAUAGUGCAUAUGUCAGUCAAAUGGACAACCAUAUCGCUGAGCUCACUGUACAAGAGACUUUGAAUUUUGCUGGCCGGUGGCAGGGGCAAAGUGAAGACUUGGCAGGUCUCUUUCUUUAAUUAAUUUUGCAGUUUACUGUUUUGCUUGAUGCACUUUAAUUUAGACUUGUAGGGAAUAUCGAACUAUCAGCUCUACGAUAAACCCGCAUUAUUACAAGGACUGUUAUUACCAAUUAGUUGAAUCUAAAUGAAAAAAGUCUGAGGUU